AUCCAAGGAAGCUAAGCGAUUACCGGAAGUGUCGCAAGUCCUACCCUCCGUCCUGCGGUCUAAUGAAAGCAAAUACAUUUGAGCAGCCUGUAGGUUGUUUUUGAGCUAAUAAAACUUCUGUCAGUCUCCUUCUCUGUUUCCGGUUGUGGUGUGCUCGGUGUUGAAGUUCAUGACAGUUACUGACGGCGGUUCUUCAGCGCUCACCAUGCCUGUCCGAGCAGAGUGCAGCUGUCCAGCCGGCGCGGCCUGUCCAUCCUCGGCCUGUCUUGUUCCCCCCGCGCCGAUCAACACCCACCAGCCCGGGGUGGCCACCUCUCUGCUCUACAGCGGCGCGCAGUACCGGGGUUAUCAGAGGAGCAAAGGGAACUCCUACGACGUCGAAGUUGUUUUGCAGCAUGUGACAAUGGACGACUCCUAUUUGUGUGGAUACCUGAAGAUCAAAGGCCUGACUGAGGAGUUUCCCACCCUUACAACGUUCUUUGUCGGUGAAAUAAUCAGCGGCAGGCGGCCUUUUUUAACGCGGAAGUGGGACGCAGACGAGGAUGUGGACAGAAAGCACUGGGGGAAGUUUCCGGCUUUUUACAAAUAUAGCAAAACAUUUAACUCGGACAACUUUGACUAUAGUGCGUUGGAAAACAGUGACUACAUUUUCAUGAGGUGGAAGGAGCAGUUUCUUGUUCCUGACCACACGAUCAAAGACAUCAGCGGCGCCUCCUUCGCUGGCUUCUACUACAUCUGCUUCCAGAAGUCCACAGCCACCAUCGAGGGCUACUAUUACCACAGGAGCUCAGAGUACCAGUCACUUAGUCUAAACCAUAUUCAGGAGCAUAGUAUGCCUAUUUAUGAGUUUCGGUGAUUAAAAAGACACACUGUGUGGAGAGACGGCUCAUACCGGCCUGCGGUUAACUGGAACAUAAAGCCGCAACACCGAUGGAGGACCUGUUUUCCUCUCUGGGAGGAAACCAACAAGUUGCCAGGUGCUGUUGUCCUAACCUGAUAAAAGGAAAGCACGGACUGAAGAAGAGUUGCACUGAUGAAGAUCAGUGACGCAUAACAGUUCAGACUGAGCUGCUGAAGUGAAGGCAAAUAAUUUGUUACUUGCUUGUUUUUAUUUAAUUUAUUUGCCACUCAGUGUUUAUUGCUCCAUUAUCGAAUAUCACAGUAGGCUCUUGAUUGUAGAGACACGUUGCACUUUUAGUGAAUGAUUGCAAAGGUUAAAGUGAAUUUUGUUCAACAACAAUGAAGAUAAUUCUUAUACUCAACACUCAAAGAGAUUUGUUGUUGGUUUAUGGCUGAAGGAUUGUAUUAUAAGCAAGAAUAAGAGAAGUUUUGUUGCAAGCUGAAUGAUGAAUGUUUAGUUGAGGUGAAACGGCUGAAAGGGUUCUAGUUGGAUGCGGACAGGUGAAUAAUAACCAUGUUUUUCUCAAAUGGUUUUCUAUGCAAGCCAAAGAAUUCUAAUGGAAAGAUUUUUAAUUGCCUCUUAAAUGUUUAAUUUAUCAUAAUUUAGACUAUUUAAUUUGAACUAGAAGGUAUUAAAUUAUUUGUGAAGAUGUUUCUGAACGCUUAGACCCCAAAAAAGGAGAGAUUUAUGGUUUUGGCGUAAAGAGUUUUGCAAGGAAGCGGUGAAUUUUCCUGUGAGAGGUUUUAGAGCUUAAAACACUGAGCUUCAGGUAAGGUGAAGGCACCUUGUGACACCUGAAAGUAAGGAGGAGGGACCAAAACCCAAUUUCUUACUAAAAGAAAAAUAUGUUGCCUUGCGCUUUAAAUUGCUUAUAAAGCUAAAUUUCUCCUCCAAGACAAACGUCUUAGGCUGGGAUUUAUUUAGUGUAAUAGAUUGGAAAAUAUAGUUUCAUCCUAUUGGGAUCCUUUAAAUUUUUCUGAACAGGGAUGAUGUAAGUGCAUUUGGCUGGUCAGUUUUAUAGCUGGGUUAAAGCAAGUCGAAGUUAAACCAGUAAAAUGACAAGCAUACGUCACAAUCAUCAAGUGUUGCUUUUUAUUGAUUAUUAUUUUAUCAUUAAUCAUUUAACAGAAAACGUGCAAUGGAAAAGAGCAAAAACUUAAGAGUGUAUCAUGUAGAUUGUUUCUAUUUUGAUCAUGUUGAGCAGAGUGGACAUUAAAGUUGAAUAAAGUAUUUUAUAAAAAUGUU